GAUGCCCAAGCGCCGAAGGACAACGAAGCAAGAACUUGAUCAUCCAUGACGUCCAUCGAAGACCUCAAGGCCCGGACCAACGGCCUCGCGCUUGGCACCGUCGGCCUCGGCGGCCUCUACCAGCAGCUCCCGGGCGAAGCGGUCGCGGUCGCCACCGAGACCUUUCGCACGGCCUUUGCGCAUGGCGUGCGCCUCAUCGAUACGUCGCCGUGGUACAAUAACGCCGAAACUGUGGUCGGCGCUGCGCUCGCCAACCUUGCCACGCCCCGCGACGAGUACAUCCUCGUGACCAAGUGCGGCCGGUACCCGAGCCCACUGCACCCGAACGGCGUCUUUGACUACUCGCGCGACCGUAUUCGCCAAAGCGUGCGCGAGUCGCUGCAAAAGCUCGGGACUACGUACCUCGAUGCAGUGUACCUGCACGACGUCGAGUUUGUCGCGCGUGACAUUGUGCUCCACACGGCGAUCCCUGCGCUCGCCGAGCUCCAGCGCGAGGGCCUCGUGCGCCUCAUUGGCAUCUGCGGCUACCCGCUCGAUGUGCUCGACGAUCUCAUCCAGAACUCGCCGCACCCGCUGCAGAUCGUGCAAAGCUACUCGCAUCUGACACUCCAGAACGAUAAGCUGCUGUCGAAGGCCAAGGCGUGGGAGGCGAAGGGCAUCUUUGUCAUCAACGCCGCGCCGCUCUCGAUGAGUCUGCUGACGUCGCGCGGCCCUCCGGCGUGGCACCCUGCCUCGCCAGCGCUGCGUGCGAGCUGCGCCGAGGCGCUCACGUGGCUCGCCGCCCACUCGAAGGCCACGUACCCAUCGCAACCGUCGGUCGAGAGCUUGGCCAUCCAGUAUACGCUCGACGUGCAGCGAACGCAUCCGUCCAUUGCGUGUAUGGUCGUGGGUAGUAUCGGCGAAGCCGAAGUCCUCUCGUCCGUCGCGUGUCGGGACGCUACGGGGCCCAUGACGGAGGCCGACGUUGCCAAGUUCCGCGACAUCCUGGGCAGCCACUACAAUGAGUCGUGGACGCAGGACCUGACGUCGUACGUCGCGCCGCGCCAGUAGGGUGCUCGGCUAACGUAACCAGAACCUUUUGCUUCGCUGCGACUUAGAAGAAAGGCCGUCUUGCCCAUCGCGUGCCAGCUGUAGGGGCGGGCCAGCAUACAUACAGCCGUCACGACAGCGUGCGACACC